AUGGGUUGGUUCUCAUCAUCCUCGGACGACUCAGGUCCAAAGAAGACCGCCGACGGCGCAUUUGUGGCCCCGACAAAGACGACGCGGCAGAAGUGCUAUGAAUCGCGCGACGCCUUCUUUGAGUGCCUCGACCGAAACAAUAUUCUAGACAGCGUAAACACCAAGAAGGGUAGAGACGCGGCAGCGAAAGCUUGCGGACCGGCCGACCAAGCUUUCGAAAAGAACUGCGCACAUAGUUGGGUCGAAUAUUUCAAGAAGCAGCGAGUCGUCAAUUACCAAAAAGAGCAAACCAUAAAGAAGAUCGAAGCCGAAGGCGGCGAAAUCAUUGCACCUCAGUUACCCGUGGGAAAUAACAGGUAG